AUGACUACAAAAUUAACCCUAUUAGAACUUCUGCGAGAGCAAGUAAAACAAAAAGGCAGAAAAGUUAAAGUUAUCAAAAAAGUUAGAUUCGAAAAACUUCCUGGUGCAGCUAACAAAAGGGCUAUGAAAACUAGUUUUGUUUUUGAUGCUUUGGGUCCAGGAGAUUACGAAAGACUAGGUCUUGACAAAGAAAAAUAUGAAAAGAUAAUAAAAGAUAGAGAUGACUUUCGAUUAAGAAAACUGUUUAUGAGAAAAGAAAAAGAUUUUUAUAAAAAGUCUCCGUUUCUUUCUAUUGCUGAAGAUUUAUUAGAGGGAUUAAAAGAGGAUCUUAUUAGUGAGUUGGUUUUUGUAAGUGCUUCUCGUAAAGGUGUAUAUCCAGGAGGGGGAGAUCCUCGUAAAAGAGAAAAAUUUGCAAAAACUUUUGCUCAUUUUCCCCAAUGUAAAUUAGAUUUAAUACUUUUGGAAGUGGACCAUGAUGUAAGAGGAACAAUUUUAGAAGUUAGAAAACUUUUUCCUUAUUCUUGUUUGAUAAUGCCUGAUUAUAAAACCAAUUUUGAUGUGGACGGUCCUGGCAUCUACCACGUCAAAACCACAGUAUCAGACUUAAAAAACGAAGACUUUGCCAUUGCUACCUUAGAAAUGAAAGUCAAAGACUUAGAAAAACAAUUAAAAGCCGCCAAAAUUGCUAAUCAUGGCACUCAACCAUUUAAUUCAUUAACUACUCCUCCUUUAACUCUUAAAAAUAUAGAAGCAAUAACAACAACUAAUUCUUAUCUUCUCAAACUAACUUUAGCAGAAAAUAUUCAAUACCAUGAUGAAGUUUCUAAUAUCAUGUAUUUUCUUCCUUUUGCGGAGGAUGCUGAGAAUAAACAUGAGCCAGAUGCUGAAGCUUUUUUUUACUUUAUCACCAAAUUAAACCAAACAGGACUUAAAAUAGAUGAUUAUAACUUUGCCUCUUAUUUAAAACAAAAUAAUAUAACUCCUAACCAAUAUACUAAUUAUAAAGAAAACAAAACUCCCCAAGAACAAUUAGAUUAUUUUUUUGAUAAAUCCCAAGUAGAAAUAAUUAAUUUAAAAUAUUUAAACUUCAAGCAACCUAGUGAACUAAUCAUUGAUAAUUAUCCUGAAUUAAAGGAAAUACGUGGAGAAUAUAUUCUUAACCUCACCCACCAACUAACUACCUUAGAUUUAAGUAAUUGUGAUAAUUUAGAAAGAAUUGAUUGUUCUAACAAUCAACUCACUCAAAUUAAACUACCUAAGGGAGAAAAGUUAAAAAUGUUACACUUAAGCAAUAAUAACCUUAGCCAAGAUUUAUUUUUUUUAAGUGGUUUGGUUGGUUUGAAAGAAUUAAGAUUAGAAAAUAAUCCCUUUUAUGGUAGUUUAGAGCCUUUAAAGGGAAUGAGUAAGUUAGAAAAACUUGAUAUUAGUUAUACUGAUAUAGAUAGUGGUUUAGAAUAUUUGCCUGAUAGUUUGGAAAAGUUUGAUUGUUCAGCAAAUACAAGAAAAGAUGCUAAGGUAAAAGCUAUUGAAGAAAAAUUAGAGCCUUGUGGAGGCACAAUUCAGGAAAAACAAAUCAACUACUUAGAAAUUCGAGUUCAAGAACUAGUUAAUUUAAUCAAAAACCAAAAAGAAAAAAUAGCCUUGGCUUAUACUCACUUUUGCUCCGAAAAAGAAACUCUGCAAAAAUUAAUUAAACUUAACCUAGAAUUUACCCAAUUCAAAGAAAGAGAAACUAAUUCUCCUAACUAUGAUGAAAAAAGCGAAGAAUACGAAGAACAAAUUAAUGAACUAAAAAAACAAUUAAGAAGCAAGUUGACCAAAGAAAACAUGAAUGAGGUAAGACUAAUUAUAAAAGAUUGUGAAGAAUUAGUAUCUUGGGAAUUAGAAUUAGAAGCUAAAACUAACGGGAAAAUUGCUCUGGAAUUCACUAAGGAGAGUCAAACUAUCCACAUUUUAGGCAAUGUUAAUGUUGUUCAAGGAGGUCAUGCUCUGAUUGGUUGUAAAUUAGAAAAUAAUGUUGAUUUGAGCUAUAACAAGUUGAUUGAAUUACCAGAAGAAAACAAUCCUAAAAGAGAAAAAAGAGAUAACACCAAAAACCUCACCCCCGAACAAGUCUUAAACCACAGCGACCUUAACGCCCUCAAACAAGAAUACCAAGCCACUCAGCAACAAGUCCAAAUCCUCCAUAAACCUUACGGCAUUCCUAUUUCUAGUGAAAAGAAAAUAGAAAUAGACACUGAUGAUGAUUAUAUUUCUUUUUUCUCUAAUGAAAAAGACAAAACAAAAGAUGCCGAACAAUUAAAAACAGAAAAGAAAAAUGAUAUAAAUACAGAACCAAUUCCAACUGAAUGGCAAAGUAUAUUCAAAAAAGAAAAUAAAUCUCAAACUGGCCGAGAAAAUGCUAAAGAAGUUAAACUAGACAAGCAACAAGAAAUUAAAUACGAACCAAUGGAAAUAGAUGAAGCUAAUCAACAGCAUAAUAAUUAUUCUCAACGAAAAUUAACCAGAGGCAAUUUUAGAAGUUAUCUAAGACAAAACGCCAAAAAAGUUGUUAGUAGUCCUACUGGCGGGAGUAAUGAACAUGGCAAAUUUAAAAUCAAUUUACUAGUUUGUGAUCCAAAAGAAAACGAUCCUUUGCGUAUAAAAGUCUUUUCCAAAUCUUCUAAUCUUGAAGAAGCAAUGAAUAGAGUAAGAUUAAUUAAGGAUGACUUAGAAGGAGACAUUCCUAUCCUGGCUUUGCUUAGGGAAGGGGGUGAAAAGAUUUUCCUUUCUAAAAUUAUUAAGGAAGUAAGGUUAGAAAUAAGAGGAAACGCUGUCAAUAAACCCGAUAAAUGUAUUAAAAACCAUGACAUCAUUAGUGUCGAAAUGGAUGGCAGAUGUGGUCUUAAACACGCAGCUGUUUAUUUAGCUAAUAAAAAAGUGGCUCAUAUUAGUGCAGAGGAAUUAACUUUGUAUCGUCCGUUAAUUCCUUUCAAGUUUCCUAGUUUAAUUGAAGAACACAUCAACACUACUGUUAACAUGAAAUACAGACUAGAUAAAAAUUCUGAGCAAAUACUAAGUCAUGAAGAAAUUCAAGAACUAAGAGAAGAAUAUAAAGAGUUUUCAGAGGAAGUAAAGAAUGGUUCUAAAAUUAGCACUGAGGCAAUUAUGCUAAUAAAAUCUUUCAAUAAUAAUUUUAUUGGCAGUGAAAUACCCAAUAAUUAUAGAGACUUAAUGACCAAAGAACAAAAAUCCUUAAUUGAAAAAUUGAUACCUAGUAAAGAAUUGAAAGAGCAAUGUUCUAAUUAUGGAUUGUGUAGAAUAUGCUGUCAGCCAAAUAUUGGUAGACAUAUAUUUGUUAAUACUGACGGUGACAUGCAGUAUUUUUUUUGUCAAUUUUGCAAUGAUGAAGCUUAUUUUAAAAAAAAAACUAAGAGAACGACUAGUGGCAAUCAAACAAUUGAUGAUUUUAUCCACGAGUGGCAAUCAAAACUUGGGGUAAUGUGGGUGAUUUUAUCAAAAAGAACAAAAGGUGAGGAUGAGCGACCAACAACUAAUGAAAUACUAAACAAUUUAAUUGGUUGGCAUGAAGAAGAUGAAAAUUCAGAAUUUAGUCAACAAGCAAAAAAAGCGGAAGAAUUUAAUCGAACCUUGCCAGAACAUAUAAAACAUCCUAACUACAAAGAGCAUCUGGAAGCAGUCCGUCGAAGUAAGGCUCUUGAUUUUGAGAACUUGCCCAAUCCUCAAAAUUCUCAAGAAACUAAAAAAGUUCUUUCUCAGUCGGGAGAAAUCAAUAAAGAAAUAAAUGAAGUCAAAAGCAAAAUAAGUCUUCUUAAAAAACCUCUGGACGAUGAGUUAACACAAUUAGUAGAAAAAUUUGUUGAAACUAAAAAAAAAUCGAUAAAAGACGAAAAAGAUGAGAGAGCGAGAAAUGAAAUCAAAGGGUUAAACAAAAAAUUGAGGGAAAGAGGUUUUUCAAGGGAAAAGAUAGGAGAAAUCAUUCGUUAUUGCGAAAGUUUAGUUGACUUGGAACAAAAACAAAUAAAGGAAGCGCAAGCCGAAGCCAAAAUAAUCGAAACUCCUCCGAAAAAUAAUUAUUAA